UUCAUAAGGUGCUCACUGUCUUCCUCUCUCUCUCUCACUUCCCCCCAGACAGUAUGGAGAAGAGCCAGUAUGGACCCCCGCAGGACGUGUCUGCUCCCCCCUACCCCGGCCUCCCAGCGGGCUACCAGGGAAGUGGAGGGGGAACAGCCUACCCCCCUCAGCCUGGCUACCAGGGAAGUGGCGGGGGAACCGCCUACCCCCCUCAGCCUGGCUACCAGGGAAGUGGCGGGGGAACCGCCUACCCCCCUCAGCCUGGCUACCAGGGAAGUGGAGGGGGAACAGCCUACCCCCCUCAGCCUGGCUUCCAGGGAGGUCCCCAACCCGGCAUGUACCCACCACCUCCCCAACCCGGCAUGUACCCACCACCUCCCCAAUACGGCACGAGCAUGGCACAACCUACAAACGCCCCCAGUGUAACCCAGGUGGUGGUGAUGCAGCAGCUGCUGCCUAGAGACGUACCCGGCCAGAUGACGUGUCCCCACUGUCAGGUCCCGGUUCUGACAGAGACCACACACACCCCUGGACUGCGCACCUGGGUCCUCUGUGGAGUCCUCGGCGUCUUAAUGUGCUGGCCAUGCUGUUUGAUUCCGUUCUGUGUUGACUCCUGUAAGGAUGUAGAACACCACUGCCCCAACUGCAAGAGAGUGAUCCACAUCCACAAACACAUGUGAACAGACCAAGAUGAGACGUCUGCCACAAAGUGAUCCACAUCCACAACUAGCCCCGGCCCACAGAUACUGCUGCCACAAAGUGAUCCAUACCAAUACACCACUACUCUACACCACUAGUCUACACUACACCACUAGUCUACACUACACCGCUAGUCUACACUACACCGCUAGUCUACAUCACAACUCUACACCUCUACACCACUAGUCUACACUACACCACUAGUCUACACUACAUCACUAGUCUACAUCAGAACUCUACACCACUAGUAGAUCAAGAACGCUUUUAGUACCUGAGUAAUGGUGACUCAUUUCCAACCAUAACACACACACACACAUACACACACACACACACACACACACACACACACACACACACACACACACACACAUACUUGUGAAGCAACGUGCUCCUCAUGAAAAUAUAAAUAUCUGUGGUGAGAAGUCACAGUGUAAAGACAAUAGUCUGUCUGUGGCUGAAAUGACUACUGGAAGACCAGCUUAACAUUGACUAGUGUCAGUGUGUAACAAGCUAAGGUCACUUCUAGCAGACCUUUUACACUGAUUGUAAUGUAUGUUUUCUUUCAUUCUGUAUUUGUAUUGACGUUGGUAUCGAUUGGUUGUUGGGUUUUUUAAAGGCACAGUCCACAGUUGAAACAAUAAAAAAGCUGAACCCCGCCUCUGUUUUUGUAAAAAGCUGUGGGAUGGGGCUGGAGAAAUGUAACCGCUCUCAAAGACAGAGCUAUGCAUGCAAUGACUGACCAUCCAACGUUAUAGCUUUAUCCAAGUUUUGAGGCUAUACGGUGUUUGUUUACAUGUACAAACAUUGGAGCAAAACAAGCUUAUAUGUUGGGUUCUGAUGGGGUACAACAGUUGAACUAAGCACAAGAAGCAGUCAUAAGUUAUAUUCUUCUAGAUCAAAAAAUGGAUGUAUUAACUGCGGAUUGCCCCUUUAAUUGAUUAACAAUA